AUGAGUGGUCCUGGCGAUGAUCGAUGGCGCGGGGGCCGCACAUACGACCAGAACCGUCAGUCGGGGCAAAGACACUCCUUGCACAGAACAAUGAGCGCACACAGUGGCUCUCGUAGCGGACAGAACCAGAAUAACUGGGGAGAGUCGCGUGAUCAACUUUCCACUGGACCAGCUCAGGAACAACAUGUCCCCGUGCGAGGCUUCAAUGCCGCCGAGGCGAAGGCGGCUCUCAAGAGAAUUCUCAUAGAGCCGAAACCCUUUUUCUAUAAACCUGGUGGAAAGGAUACAAAUCGCUCUGGACCUUGGGGCUCAAAACCAAACACCAUGGCCAACGGCAAGGACUUCUUCCUCGAGCUUCGCAAACAAAUCACCAAUCUGCGGCAAGGUGACAAUGUCGCGGGUGGCUGA